UCAUGGAUACAGGUUAAAAUAAGAAAAUGAAUUUUUAUAUCAAAGCCUAACAUUUGUUUAGUAUAAAAUGCAAAAUUUGAGAAUUAUUGAAACAUAGAGAUGGUGGAGUGUUUUACAUUUUGUAAUACUGUAUGUUUAGCAUGCCUCUGGUGCAGCCUUUUUUUACCAGUUUGUUUCCCAAAAUACUUCUACAAAUUAGAGAGGAAGAGCUCAAGUGAAUUUUGUAUACAGAGAAUUAAAUGCAAAGAAAAAAUUUCGAGCAUUCUAAGUCGAUGCAAAUCCGGAAGAGAUGGUAAAUCUUCUCAAAGUGAACAGUCUGAUUCAUCUCGAAAUCAAAAACACGUAAAAGAAACAUCACUAAAUAAGAAAUGUGGAAAAAAGUUAUCAAGAAAUGGAAUGAACAGCAUGGGAGGAAACACUGUAAAUGUUUGUAGGUGUAGAAAUUGUUUAGGAUAUGAAUAUGGGUGUCAAAAUUUGAGUCCUGUUGUAAAAAUGACUGCCGAUUCCAAAAAUCGAAGCGAAUUAAAUAAUAAUCAUAGGAAGUAUAGAUUGUACGCAAAGUUGACCAAAGAGACUGAUAAUUCAAAAGAUAAAUUUUUGCAUUUAAAAUGCAAUUGUAAUAAAAAAAGAUAUGAAUAUAAAAAUUUGGUUUCAGCACCUGAUUUAAGUCAAUGUAGUUCAAACAAUAAUCAAUGGUGUAAUAAUUGUAGGUAGCUAUUUUAUUUAUUGCAAUAUGUGAUAUUUCAUCUUAAAGGAAAAUUGUAUAUGAGC